AUGCUCGUUCAGCAAAAGGCAAAACCCUUGGUCCUCUAUGCUGUGCCCCCGCGCGAGGGGCACAUGCGACCAGCCCUUCAAAUCACAAAGCACCUCGUCGGUAGUGGCUUUGACGUCACGGUCUUGGGAACAAAGAGGUGGAAAACCACAAUCGAAGCGGUCGGGGCCCACUUCAGUCCCAUCAUCGGACUAUGGAACACCCUCGACGACCCAUCCCGCUGGCCUGAUAUUGCCCACGCCUCGGAUCCAGCUGCGAGACUCGCCGCGUCUCUCGACGGGGGCUUCGUCUCUCUUUUGCCCAGCGGUCUGGAAUCAGUACGGUACGCGCUGGCCGCGAUGCGCCGGCGGCAAUCGGGGUGCCAGAUUAUCAUUCUGUCGGACACGUGCUUCUCUGGAACGCUGGCCUUGAAGUUGGGCGCCGACUUGCCCGAACUCUUUGAAGAGAAUGAGUUGAUCCAAACCAUUGGUAUCGGCGUCGUUCCAGCAUUCUGGGCCAGCCAUGAGCGACCACCUUGGGGAUUUGGACUCGAGUACGACAAUAGUGAAAAAGGACGGACAAGAAACAUGUCAGUGACCAAAGAAACGUGGGACAGCGCCGCCGAGGAUCGCGCAAGGUGGGUUUUGGGGAUGAUGGGAUGUUUCAAGCCCGUCGAGUCCCUCUACAAUGGGCUCUCAACAACCAUGGACCAUCCAUUCUGGGACGCAUCCACAGUCUGCCACGACACAGUACUGCAAAUGUGUCUCCCGAGUCUCGAGUUCCCAUCAUCGGACUGGCCGGAGAAGAUCAAGUUCGCGGGAACACUCCCGAUCAAACCCAUCCCGUCGAAUCUCACCUACCCGAGGUGGUUCGAACAGAUAGUCGCCAACAGCUCUUCUCUCGACGCAUCAAACCCAAGCCGCAAGAAGAUUGUCUUUGUAGCGCAGGGGACAGAAGUGCUGGAUCAUCGGGAGCUCAUCAUCCCGACGAUGCAGGCCUUGGCGACACAUCCCGACGUUCUCGUCGUCGCAUGCCUAUGUGUAGCCGGAGCAACCCUCGACACGGGCGACUUUGAAAACGGAGAGCUGCCCAGUAAUGCUCGCGUGGUAGAUUACUUCCCGUACGACGCCGUCCUGGCACACGCGGACGUGUUUGUGUCGAACAGCGGGUACGGAGGGUUCCAGCACGCGGUUUCCAACGGGGUGCCGAUGGUGCAGGCCGGGAACACCUUUGACAAGCCAGAUAUCGGCCGACGGAUUGAGUGGUCUGGCCUGGGGGUGUUCUUGUCCGAGUCACCUCCGUCAGUGAGCGCCGUCGGGCAGGCUGUGGCAGAGAUUCUGGGCGAUGAAAAGUACAAGAGACGUGCUGGGGAGCUGCGAGAUGAAGCUGGCGGGUUUGAUCCGUUGCGAAUGGUUGAGGAAGAGAUUCUAUCACUGUCCCAGUCAGGGGCGUCUUGGACAAGUUGA